AUGAAAACUGCUGCCAUUAGCAUGCGUUUUAAUGUGCUCGAAUUGGCGCAGGUACAUGUACUUCUUGCGGAAUUAUCAAUGGUAGAAGAGGAGAUAAUCUACCUAGAAAGAAAGGUGGAAGACCUGAAAUUGUGUCUCUAUGAAGAGCGGGAACAAAAGCAAGAAUGGAACGUUCAGCAACAGCAGCAGGAGUGGCAAAGACAACAGAGGCACUUCCUAUGUGGGUCAGGUAACCAGAAAGGAAUCCAAGAGGUUGAACAGUCGACACAUUUGCCAAAUACUGAAAGAAGUCAAAGUCUGGCACAAGAAAGACAUCUUCCUGUGGAAUCAGCCUCCGAUGUUAAAAGCACGUCUUGCACAAAGACAAAUGAUGAGGAAGCUGAGAGACCAAGAAGAUGCAAUGGACCAAACCGCACCUUGAGCUUUCUCAAUGCAGAAACUAGUAAUGAAUCACCAAACAAACUCUCAGAAGAAUUAAUCAAAAUUUUGAUCAGCAUAUUCCAUAAACUGAACCAGACAUCAACUCAGAUCGACAGUGAACUGACCGCUGUUCCAAAGCUUAAUAUCUCUUGCAUGAGCUCAAGAAGCUUUGUUUCCAAAACUACAUUCAACUGUAAGACACCUAUGCACUCUUUAAAGGACACAGCAAAUAUGUUAGAUCCUUAUGGUGUAUUGCCAGAUGUCGAUGGAACAGCGCGGGACAUCGGAUUGUACAAGAAAGUUAUACACUUCACGCAAAGUUCAUUAGAUAUGAGCCGUAUCAGCUUGUGCCUCUCAGCCAUUGGAAGACUGAGGGUCCUGAUGCAGAAGCUUUGCAAUGUGAAGCUAAGUUCUCUGACUAACAAGCAGAAGCUAGCUUUCUGGAUCAACAUCUACAAUGCCUGCAUAAUGCAUGCAUUUCUACAGCAUGGUCUGCCACCCUCUCCAGACAAACUGCUUGCACUACUGAACAAGGCUGCAGCGAAUGUUGGUGGUAUCGUACUGAAUGCUCUAGCUAUUGAACAUUUCAUUCUCAGGCACUCAUCAGAUACUAAAAGUGGAGUCAUGGACGAGAAAGAAGCACUUCUGCGACAUGCUUAUGGCCUUGGGUACUCAGAACCAAAUGUCACGUUUGCACUUUGCAGAGGUACCAUGUCUUCACCAGCGUUGAGAGUCUACACUGCAGAGAAUGUGGUGAAUGAACUGGAAAGAGCAAAAGUGGAGUACCUGGAAGCAUCGGUGAAUAUUACCAGCAAGAAGAAAAUCAUCUUGCCCAGACUUCUGCAUUGGCACAUGCGAGAUUUUGCAGAUGAUGUUGAAUCACUCCUAGAGUGGAUCUACAGCCAACUGCCAAGGUCCAGACCACUAAAGAGAAUGAUCAAGGAAUGCUUGAAUGGAGACACCAAGAUACCCUUAAUAAAAAUGGUGGAAAUUGAGCCUUAUGAAGCAGAAUUCUGUUAUUUGUUGCCUUUUUAAGAAUCUUUUCGUUAUAAUUUCAUGUCUUUGUUUAUUUUUUGAUGUGCAAGUUCAUAUCAUUGUUUCAAAAGCUAGAAUUUGGAACAUGAAUUUUGACACAAUUCGGACGUUCACCCUAAACAAAAUAGCAUUGUACAAGAAGUCCUUUUCAUUCAAAAGUAAACAUAUGCUGUACAAAAGGAGAACAGCAUGCCCAUGAUAAUCUGAGAAAUGAUACUUAUUCUAGUAAGUUUUGGAGAACAUGUAUAAUUUUAAAGUACAAGUCACACUAUUAAUAUUUAGAAAAUUGACAACAUGGAGGGCGUAUGAUUGCAUAUCAGAAAACUAGCUUGACAUAAUCUGGUUGUUGGUACUGCAAGAAUUGGCUCCUUUGUCUGAGUAAAGCAGUAUCCUACAGGCAAUACCUAGUUGAAUCGUGAAAGGGCAAACUAUCUGAAUUGCACCAAGAUUCCAACUAUAAGACUCGACCAAAAUACCCUCAGAGUUAAAAGGUAAUUCUUUAAGGCCAACCAAAUUAUUAA